AGAUUUUUGGGAGUUUUUGACGUAAUGGGAUGUUUUGCCACAUGUUUCCCCUAACCUCUGCGGUCGAAUCGCUCGCCCCAAAGUUUGCCUUGUGUGGAAGCAGCCAUCAUUUGCUUUGAUUACCUUAUCACUUCUUCUGCGCUGAGUAAUUCCUGGUUUCACUGCACUUGGAUACUUUCGGUCUCCCAAUCGCCAAGAUCCGACCACAGCCAUGAUUGCUGCAGUCAAUGUUCGUGAUUCUGGGCAUGUUCCAUUAAGAGUUGCUGGUGAUGGCAUGGAAACUGAUAAAACCCCCUCCACCCUGGAGGUCAGGACAGAUAGAUUGCCAUCAGGUCUGUCAGCUGCUCCCCUUGUCAAAUCAGCAAGCCCCAAACACAGCCUCAAGUCUUCCAAUGCUCCCAAUCCUCCCCCCACUUUUGCCCCACAACCUCUUGGGGUGCUCCACCUGGGCAAGGUAAAUAGGGAGGCCUGCAUUGAGGUGGAGGCCGUAAGACUACUCAUACCCGGAGCUGCCAUAACUAGAAGCACCCGCAUAAGUGAGGCAAAGGGUGAAGCUGGACAACAAGUGGAAGAGCGAAGUUCUUCCCCGCAACCAUCGUUGGAUGACUGGAGAGGACAGCUAGAGAAGCUUCAGAAUUCUGAACGCAGGCUGCUACAGGACAAGGAGGGCCUCUGCAAUCAACUCCGUGUGCAGACAGAGGUGAACCGUGAGCUCAAGAAACUGCUGGUGGCAUCCAUGGGUGAUGACCUGCAGUACCAAUUUGAGCGUCUGGCACGCGAGAAGAAUCAGCUGAUCCUGGAGAACGAGGCUUUGGGUCUGAGUUUGUCGCAGACAGUGGAGCAGCUGGAGCGCAUGAGUAUCCAGUGUGAUGUCUGGAGGAGCAAGUUCCUAGCCAGCAGAGUGAUGGCAGAGGAGCUGACAAAUGUCAGAACAGCUUUGCAGCGUCAGACCAGAGAGGCCCAUGGAGCCAUUCAGGACCUGUUGUUGGAGAGAGACGAGUUCUCAAGGGAAAUGCUUCUCACUCACAGAUCUAUGGAGCAGCUCCUGGUGUCUCUGCAGUGGGGUAGGCAGCAGACGUACUACCCCAGCGCACAGCCCCUCAGCACAGCAGAGUUGGCCGUGGCCAAUCACAAACUAGCAGAUGCGGUCAACUCCCACCUGUUAGGAAAUACCUGCAGCGGUGUGGUCAAAAGUAGCAGUGCUACAACGGAUCAGCUGUGUAGCACACCAGCAGAGAAGAUGGCUGAGAAGGUGCUGAAGAUUUUAGAUCCAAUUUCCUGUGCAGAAAACAAGGCUGUCUCUCCUCUCAAUGACUCGUCCCCCUCCAACUUUCUGAGCAAUAAGAAGAGCAUUGGCAGGUUUCACCCGUACACUCGCUACGAGAACAUCACUUUUAACUGCUGUGAACGCUGCAGCGGAGACAUCCUCGUGCUCUAGUCGACCAACAUCCUCAUCAUCAUCUCAAUGCCUCUUACCGACGCUGAACAUCUUGUCACCAUGAAAUGGAACCACAUAGUAUUUGACACUGGCCAGUUACAUGAUUUUCCAAGUGAGCUUAAAUUUAAGAAAUGUUUUAACAAAACAUUUGUGAAACAUUAGCCAUAUUUAUUUAUUUAUUUAUUGUAAUUGAUUUCAAAAACAUGAUGUCCCAAGAAGAUACUUUUCGUCUUAAUUUACCAGUCUCAAUUUUCAGUCCUCAGCAAAUGAUUGAGGCUUUUAAAUAAUACCCAAUCCAUUCUUGGUAUUGGUACCUUAGAUGUAAAAUUAAAUUGAUAUUUUCUUUAUUUUCUAGAACAAAUGUUACAGUAGUUGGAAGAAUUGUUCCCUAUCUAUCUUUCUCUCUUACCAGCAUCCUUUAUAAUUUUGUGGUUUUAUACAUUUUUUUGUAUUAAAUCUGAUUUGUUUUAA